AUUUCAAUGAUGCGAUCGAUAUGAGUAGUAUAUAAUAUAUAUAGUAAUCCGCUGUUUUUUUUUUCUUUCAGCUCGUAAUCCCGCUUAGAGGGAAAGAUAAUUUACCUCCCGCAAUUAACACCAAUCCACACGUCGGUGCAAAUUAGCCCCUGUAGUGGAUACAACAUUUUUUUCCCGUUCGUUAUUCGUCAUCUUACAUGAAGUCUUUCUCAACCUCGUUUACACUGCACGCAACUUCUUACAGGAAACCGCGACCACGAGACACUGGCAAUAAAUUCUUUAAUCACGUAAUACCGGAUUGUACGUCACGUAAAAAAAAACUGGGUUAUACGUAAACAAAUAACUCAGGUGUUGCCUUGAGGGAAAUCAUUGGUAGCUUGAUAGGCUUAUAUACCGAAUAACUUGACUCGGUAAAUUACGCAGACAACAAGGUCGAUCCACUUCGCGCAACUGCACCUUAUAACUGUCACCUUACACUUGAUUCUUCCGUCAGAGGAUGAACCAUCGAAUUACGGGCCAUCGAGUAAACGGCUCGAUUUACUCUGCCGAUUUCCUAUUACCGUAAUAGUCGGUUUGCAAUCCACCCGGGACUAUUAAUAGCGUUUGGCAGUGAAAGUCUGUCUAUUUUACACACAGAUGCUCGCAUAAUGGACGAACGAUUGUUUAUCAGCUUAAUUUCUCGAAAUUUAAUUUAGAGUUACAAAAGAGUUAAAGAAAUUGUAUAUACACGUAUUUAUGUACAUACAUUAUAUUUAAGAGUCUUUUUAUACUUUCUAUACUACAAGGCUGUAUGUGAUAAACGCGGGAAACGUGUGUAAAGUUAUUUAAGAAACUCGCUUUCAUAUAUGUGAUUUAAACUAGGCAGUUUGUGGGCGGAGGAAGUUUUCAACACUUUUGAGAAUAUGCGAUCUGAUCGCUCUAUGCAUGAAAGCGCUUCUACGUCUCCCUCGCCUUACUUACGUGAAUUUGGCAAGAAAUUCCAGAAAUGCUUUCUCGAUGAAGCGUUUAUGUCUCCCCUUUCCUUUUCUUCUUUUCCGAGAAUCCAUCUCGAAGUCCGCCAGAUCUGAUUUGGAAUUUCGCGAGUCGGAUCAAAUUAAUCUCGCUCUCGCCAAUUGCGGUAGUGAUAACACAUAACUGAUAUCGUGAUCUGGCAAAUUCAAGGAUUCGAAAAUAAAAUAAACGUAGGAAUUGUUUAGAAGCAUUUUGAUGAUGAAAGCAGUGAUACACAACUUUUGAGUCGAAGAGAUGUGUCGCUCAAUUACAAAAACAAGUUACAUUUCAAGUGAUUGGUUAACUCGCAAUCAUGGCAUGAUGAUCUAGGAAAAAAAAACUGCUCGUUCGAGAUGAGCCGACCGACGCGCCUAAAAACGUCCGCGGAUAUGCGCUCUCGUACGUCACUUCUUGUUGGGAUUUGCAGACAUGCCGCGGUAAAUCGUCUAAAUAUUUUGGCUACUGCAGGCUUCAUCAAAACUGCUCCGUGCAGUCGGCUGCGUCAGUUUCGUUCCGCUCGACACUCGCUGAAAAGCGUUGAUCACUGUCAAGCUCAUCUGGUCUCACACGUCCGCGUCUCUUCUAAUGUCACAUCACGGCAGCGUCGACGGCAAAGAUAAUUGCGAGUCUCUUCGCCGACCCAGCCUCUCCGUAAAGAUGCAACGUAGCUUGAGGAAAAUGAGAAAAAGCAUCCAAAAGAUUACUGAGAGCAUCCAGGAGGACGAUAAACAUUCAUUGUACAUUUUCCCCGAGCAACUGUCCACCCUGACCUGGCGCACCGGGUUUUCCAAGGACGAAAUUCGUAAAUUGUAUCGCGCCUUCAAGCAGCUCUGUCCCAGAGGAUGCGCGACGUCCGGCGACCUGAAACCCGCGUACGCCAAAUUAUUUCCGCUUGGCGAUCCGGCCCGAUACGCGCAGAUCGUGUUCAACAGCUUCGACCGGGACGGCGACGGCAUUGUCAGCUUCAGCGAUCUUCUCGAAGCCAUGAGGUCGAUCAACGGCAACGUGGAUCAGAAGCUCUCCUGGAUAUUCGAGUUCUACGAUCUCAACGGCGACGGUUGUAUCACGAGGCAGGAGAUGCUGGUUAUAGUAUCCGCGAUUUACGAGAUGGUGCAGAACGCGCAGACCAUACAGUCCGUGAUCAACAAGCAGGUGGACAGGUUCUUCGAGAAGAUGGACGCGAAUAGAGACGGCAUAGUCUCCAGGGAAGAAUUUAUGAGCGGCUGUAAAAAUGUACGGCAUCCCACGUGAUGCUAUUAUAUACAAUCAGUUAUUUUUAUUUGACAAUAUCUGGUGACGGAAUGAAAAUGAUCUUUAAGAGAUUAAUGAGUAACUUAUAUACAUAAAGUUAUUAAAAUAUUUAUAAAAGUCCA